AUGUCGUUCAAGACUCCUUCAUCGGAUCCACCGAAACAUGAGGCCGUGUACUUCCCCAACAUGACCAAUAGUCUCCCUGCCGAGUCAGGCGAUUUCCGCCGUGUCCUUUGGACCGGUCUUUACAGCCAGCUCGUGCUCAUGACGGUGCCCGUGGGUGGUGAUAUCGGUGACGAGAAACAUACAGUCGACCAGAUUCUCACAUUCACGAGCGGCACUGGCCGCGCCACCAUUGCAGGCGUCGACCAAGACGUCAAGGCCGGCGACCUCAUCAUCGUCCCCGCGGGGACGCAGCAUCAGUUUGUCAGUACUGGCCCAACACCAUUGAUCCUGUACACCGUCUAUGGACCCGCAGAGCACAAGCCCACUACGGUGCAUAAGACGAAGGAGCAGGGCGAGAAGGAGGAGGACGAGGGCAUUGAUGUGGCGCCGGAGUGGAGUCGGAGAAGCAAGCGCGAGAAUGAGCGUUUGGGCCUGGUUGAAGGAGAGGGCAUGGAAGAGCAGUAG